AUGCAGAGCCAGUUAUUGACCCGAAUCCCAACCGGAAAGCCUGCCACAUGGCAUACACAACACGCUGCUGGUAACCUCCGCUACGCUAUCACCGCAGCCGAUCUUGAGAACGCGGCUGGCCAGCCUCCAAAUCCGCGUCUACGGCUGUCGAAAAUCAAUACCCUGGUUUGCCCUGUCGUCGAAAAUCCCCCGGUUCACCAGUGCGGACAGACGUUUGAGAGCCAGCCUGGUUUCCGUCGGCAUCUCCGCCAGGUUCAUUCUGGAUGCUUCGUGAACCAUAACAUGGAGCGCCUUGCUCGGGAUGAGGACGACUUCCGGAACGCGUAUGGAGAGCGUUUCCAUCGACUCCAGCAACCGGUUACUCCUACUAGUGGUGGCCGUAGUCGACGCCGUGGGCAAAACCCUCCUCCGAACCCGAUUCCAUUUGUGUUACAAGGUCAUGAUAAUGGUAAUCACAACAACAAUGGCGGUAAUAGAGAUAGUGAUGGCGAUGGCGAUGGAGAUGGAUCUGUAUCUAGUAGCUCAGCGGCAUUUUCGACAGGGCGUCCUUAG